AUGAGUUUGAGAUCAAUAACUUCGAAGAAUGAGAAGAUCAUUUGCGGCCCGCGAGAGUACCAACUAGAACUGUUCGAGAUUGCAAAGACCAGGAACACUAUCGCCGUUCUCGAUACUGGAUCUGGAAAAACUCUUAUUGCGUGCCUACUAAUUCGCCAUAUCAUUGAGAAAGAAUUGGAAUCACGAGCGGCUGGCAAUCACCCUCGAGUUAGCUUUUUCCUGGUUCACAAUGUCACUUUAGUCUUCCAACAAGCGGCCGUGCUACGCUGUAAUAUCGACGCCAAAAUAGGUGAAUACUGCGGUGAUAUGGGGGUAGGCGAUUGGAGGAAAGAAACAUGGAAUGAUAUCCUUAAGGGACAACAGGUGAUCGUAAUGACAGCGGAUAUCCUCUAUAGUUGUCUUACUCACGCUUUUAUCAAAAUGAAAGACAUCAACCUGCUAUGCUUUGAUGAAGCUCACCAUGCGAAAAAAAGGCAUUCAUUUGCCCGAAUUAUCCAAGAUUUCUACCUCCCUGAGCCAGAGAACACUCGACCUAAAAUCUUCGGAAUGACAGCUUCUCCCGUUGGUGGCCGCUCUGACGUAGUACAGGCAGCAGUAGACCUAGAGAAGCUUCUGCAUAGCCGAAUUGCCACUACCAGUGACUUAGCGCUACUUCAAGGUUCUAUUAGUCGCCCAGAGGAAGUAGUCACUGCCUAUCCAAAACUAAGGCCCCAGAUCUUUGCAUUCGCUGAGCUAGCAUCAUCGGAGCUCGGACCAUGGUGCGCAGAUGUCAUGUGGAAGUUUGCCCUUAGUGAGACGCAAGCACGAAAAUUCGAGCGCAUGACAGAGAGGAGGUUGGAUGCACAAGCAGAAAUUGAGAGCAUUGCGAGGAUUGAAAAGGAGCUUUCAUAUCUGCAGGAAGCAGCAGACAUUGUCUGCAAGUACAACAUUCCGCCACCGUCUGCUGAUUCAAGCCACCUAAGCCCGAAGGUCUUGCUGCUUCACGCUUAUUUGAAAGAAAUCUAUAGUGUGCAGACUACAGAUAAGUGCAUAAUCUUUGUUUCCCGCAGAUAUACUGCCACCGUCUUGGGCGAAUUGUUCAAGUGGCUUAAAAUCAAGUAUUUGCAAAUUGGGGUACUUCUUGGCUCUCUUACCGGUUCCAGAGUGCCAGGUACGAAUUUUACCCUUCGGGAGCAGAUGAUAACUGUGAGUAAAUUUCGACAAGGCAAAUUGAACUGUUUAAUAGCUACAUCGGUUGCAGAAGAAGGUCUAGACAUUCCCGAUUGUAGCUUAGUCAUUAGAUUCGACCUGUACAGAACCAUGAUCCAAUAUGUCCAGUCUAGAGGGCGAGCCCGGAGUUCUGUUUCCAAGUAUAUUCAUAUGCUCGAGAGUGGAAACAGGAGCCAUCUGGAAAUGCUGAGCGACGUGCGGAAUUCAGAAAAAAUCAUGCGAGACUUUUGUCGCAGUCUCCCGGCUGACCGGAUUCUAGAUUCCACUAGCCCAGACGAAUCAUCUGUAUUGGAAAAUACAGAGGGGCCAUAUCAUAUCGAGCCAGGCACUGGCGCAAAAUUAACAAUGAAUUCUUCCAUGCUAAUCCUAUUCCAUUAUACUCAGCUAUUGCCACAAGAGGAUAAUGAGCUACUACAACCACUAUUCACAGUUAGACGUGUUUCUGAGGGCUUCAUAAGUGAGGUUACACUCCCAACUCUAUCCCCAGUACAGCACAUCGAGGGAGCUCCAAUGCCCACGAAAAGGGCUGCAAAGCAAUCAGCAUCCUUCUUUACCUGCCUAGAGUUGAGGCGGAAAGGCGAAUUAGAUGAAAACCUCAUGCCUAAAAGUUCCCGGACCAAGAGGAAUCCCAAGAUGACCAAUGCCCAUCUAGCAUUGGAUAUUCAUAGCUCCAAUAUUUACCCGAGAAGGGCUAAACCAGAUUUCUGGAAAAUCAAUGCUCCACCCUUUGAACUUUGGUUCAAUAUACUUUUGCUGUCUAACCCUACUGGCAUGGCCCCUGCGAUCCAACCGAUCUGUCUAGUCACUCGGAAUAAGCUACCUCCUAUUCCCGCUUUCACGGUCUACUCGGACAAGGGAGCGGAGUCGGAGCUGAUUAUAUUACAGCUGUCGAAGAGCUUGCGAGCAUCCCCUGACACAUUAAAGAAGCUUUGCCAGUUUACUCAUCGCCUUUUUUUCGAUCUCUUUAAUAAAACCUUCGAGCUUACGCUCGACACAGUGCCUUACUGGAUCGCUCCUAUAAAGGGUUCAAACUUCACCAAAGAUAGUCUUCCUGAGAACACUCUCGAUUGUGAACUCCUCGAAGAGGUAUCUUCAAGGGCUGACAUCCUUUGGGAUGAUAAUUACCCCGCUGAGAAAUUAAUUGGCCGCUUUCUUAUUGACCGGAGGCAGAGGUCCCGGAGGUUUAUAGUACUUGACCACCACCCGACCCUCAAGUCAACUGACCCUUAUCCUCCCAGUUAUGAGUGCCCUCCUGGUAUAAUAGACAUACAAGACUACAGCUAUAAUGCUUCGAAUAGGCGGAAGUGGUCAGGGGUGAAGUGGAAGGUUCCAGUGUCUGAGCCUGUUUUAAUCGCAGAGUGUCUCUUACAUCGUAUCAACUAUUUGAGCGCCCCUGACAGCAAAUGGGUGACUGCAGAUAACAGAGCAGUAAUAACUCCUUCAGCUUUUUCGAUAUCCGCUAUUCCGAGCCAGGUCAUUCACAUGGCUAUGAUAUUCCCCUCUUUCAUAACUCGAAUUGAUAGUUAUCUCCAUGCGUGGGAAGUUUGUAGCCUUUUAGGGAUGGAAAUAGAUGUAGGGGUAGCUCUGGAAGCCAUCACAAAGGAUUCCGAAAACACACAUGAGCAUGGCUCAGCCCAGGUAUCACUUCAAAGAGGGAUGGGAAGCAAUUACGAGCGGUUAGAGUUUCUAGGGGAUUGCUUUCUAAAACUGGCAACUUCGUUGAGUCUCUAUACAGCGUACCAUGCAGAUGAUGAAUGCGAGCUUCACGUGAAGCGAAUGGUUCUCAUCUGUAACAGAUAUCUCUUCACUAAAGCCAAAGAGAUGAAGAUCCCGGAAUACAUUCAAACCGCAGGAUUUUCACGUCGUACUUGGUACCCCAAAAUGAAGCUGCUUAUGGGAAAGGGGACUACCCAACAUAAUUCCUCUAAGGAGGAGAUUUCCCACCGCUUGGCCGAUAAGUCCAUUUCGGAUGUGUGCGAGGCAUUGAUAGGGGCUGCUCUAAUUGAUAAAGGGCUUGAUGGGGCUACUCAGAUCGUAACCGCAAUUCUGAGAACCCCAGAGCACAGCCAGAAAGUGUGGGCCGAUUACUACAAUUGUUACACAAAACCUGCAUAUCAGCUUCAAGAGCCAUCUCCAUCUCACAUAAGGGUCGCUGAAGAUAUUGAAGAGUUAGUCGGCUACAAAUUCAAGCACCCACGUCUAUUGAUAUCUGCUCUCACACAUCCCUCCCUCCCAUUCACCUGGGACAGGGUUCCGAGCUAUCAGAGGUUAGAAUUCUUAGGAGAUGCAGUGCUAGAUCUCGUCUGCGUGCGCUACAUGUUUCAAAAAUAUCCUCAUGCGGAUCCCCAAUGGUUGACAGAGCAUAAGAUGGCGAUGGUGUCAAAUAAAUUCCUUGGAAUGGUUGCAGUGGAAAUGGGAUUUCACCGGAAAUUGAGAAGAAUGGGAUCUGUCUUGGACCACGCUAUUCGAGAGUACGAAGUUGACAUUCAAGAUGCAAAGGCCAAUUCCAAUGGUGCUGUAGACUUUUGGACUUCCCUCAAAGCCCCUCCAAAAGCUUUGCCAGACGUUCUGGAAGCAUUUAUCGGAGCUGUUUUUGUAGAUUCUGGAUUCCAAUACAAUAUUGUUGAACGCUUGGUCAAUACUUUUAUUCUUCCGUACUUUGUCGACAUGACAGUAUUUGACAACUUUGCCGGUCAGCACCCAACCACUUACAUCACCAAGUUCAUGGACGAUCUCAAUUGCGAAUUCUGGGGAUUCGAAAGUCAACAGUGCAUGACAGGAAAUAUGACCUAUAUCCUCACCGCUAUCGUAGUGCACCGUGAGAUUUUUUCCUACGGGUCAGGGGUGAGUGUGAAAGCCGCCAGAGUAGAAGCGAGUCUUGCAGCAAUUCAAAAGCUCGAGGAUCCCGAAGGCUUGAGGCUGCUAAAGGAGAUCUGCAACUGCGCGGAGGUCCGAGAAAAACGAGCCAAGGAGAAGCAGGACAAAGGAAAAAUCAAUUAA